GCCCUGCUGUGCUUGUCCUCUCAGGGGUCAAGAGUCUCGUUGUAAUUCUCCACAAAGCAGAGUGAGCGGUCCAGCUGAGACAUGAGGAAUAACUGACUGCAUUGGAGUGAAAGAAAGACUAAUGAAGAAUGACCAGCAACCAGGAAUCAUCAGCGGACAUACAGGAAACAGAGUUUGGGAGUCCUGCCCUUUCCAAACAGAGGAGGAUCAUCUACUUCUCCAGCGGUGAGACCAUGGAGGAGGAAGACAGCGAGGAGGAAGAGGAGCGGUCAUCAGACAGGCCUCCCUUCAGAGAGCCUGCAGAGAAGGCUAGGCUGUCGUUCAGGAAUGUGGCUCUUCUGGUUGGGAGGAUUUCCCUGCUGACGUGUGAUUUCCUUGGAGAGAGACUGGCCGGGGCCCUCGGACUGAAAGCAGCCAAAUACCAGUACGCCAUCGACCAACAUCACAGAGACCACAAGACAAAAAGCAGCGGGGCGUCAGAGGACCUGAUGGAGGGAGGGGGGGAGAAGAUCUGCCUCUCCACGGGACCGGAGGGGAGUCAUUACGGAGCUGCGGGAGAGGAGCGAUGCCCGGCCGGUUCUCAGGAGAGAUGUGAUCAGAAACAAGAGGACACGAGGGAAGGGUGUUACAACAGAGCAUAUCAAGCAGAGGAGAGACACGAGGUGUAUGAGAAUGGCGAGGAUGAGAACCCCAUCCUGAAUAAAGGAUCAGACGCCAACCUGUUCGAAGGGGACAUUUUAAUUCCAGAGGGGAGGAAUGCCUUGAUUGAAAAGCGAUACAGAUGGAAAUUUCCAAUUCCUUACAUCCUGGGUGAUGAUUUAGAUCUGAACGCCAAGGGCUGCGUCCACCAGGCGUUUGAGAUGUACAGGCUGAAGUCCUGUAUCGACUUCAAGCCUUAUGAGGGAGAGAAGACAUACAUCAAGUUUGAAAAGAGAGGAGGGUGUUUCUCCAGCGUCGGGGACCAGCAGGACGGUCAGAUUCUGUCUCUGGGGUCGGGCUGUGAUCACAAGGCGGUGAUUGAACACGAGCUGCUGCACGCUCUGGGAUUCUACCACGAACAGUCCCGCACCGACCGGGACGACUACGUGGACAUCUGGCUGGAUCAGGUCACUCCAGGACUUGGACACAACUUCAACAAAUACAACGAUGACUUCAUCACCGAUCAGAACACGGCGUACGACUACGAGUCCAUCAUGCACUACAGACCUUUCUCCUUCAAUAAGAACGAAUCCAUCCCCACCAUCACCACCAAAAUCCCAGAGUUCUACAACAUCAUUGGCCAAUACCUGGACUUCAGCAAGAUGGACACCCUCAGGCUCAACCGGAUGUACAACUGCUCUGGUACUCUCACCCUGCUGGACCAGUGUUCCUUUGAGUAUGCCAGCAUCUGUGGAAUGAUCCAGGCCUCAAACGAUGAUGCUGACUGGGUCCAUACCAAGAGCAGUGUGAGUGAAGAGGAUCACACACUCCUGGGGAGAUGCAGAGAUGCUGGGUACUUCAUGCACUUCAGCACCAGGACUGGGAAGCCUGCAGAGUCUGCUCUGCUGGAGUCCCGCACCCUCUACCCCAAGAGGAAGCUCCAGUGUCUGCAGUUCUUCUACAAGAUGACCGGGAGCUCCAAGGACAGGCUGGUGAUCUGGGUCAAGAGGGAUGAUGGCACAGGGGUUGUUCGUAAAAUGCAGAAAAUAUACACCUUUAAUGUUGAUUCUGACCACACAUGGAAGAUCGCCCAUGUCCCAAUGGAGGUGGGGGUCAAAUUCCGCUAUGCUUUCCAAGCUGUGCGCGGUGAGCCCUCUGCCUCUGCGGGGGGCAUCUACAUAGACGACAUCAGCCUGACGGAGACACGCUGUCCCAACGCCGUGUGGACCAUCCGGAACUUCUCCAAGAUCAUGGAGAUGGCCACCACCAACACGUCAAUUGACAGCCCUCGUUUCUACAGCCCUGAGGGUUAUGGUUAUGGCGUCCGUGUGUUUCCUUUGUCCACCUACACAGAUUACACAGGGGGCUACACUGGGCUGUACUUCUACCUGGCCAGCGGGGGCAAUGAUGUGGUGAUGCAGUGGCCGGCGGUCAACAGACAGGCCACCUUGGCGGUGAUGGACCAAGACCCUGACAUUAAGCUACGGAUGUCCACUGCACGCAGCCUCACUACGGACAUGAGGAAGACAUCAGAUGGGAAGCUGUUUUGGGACAAUCCCUCCAAGGUGGGAACGUAUGACCCCUCCUGCGAGUGCUACAAAAGUCAGACAUGGGGCUGGAGGAACUUUGUCAAGCACUUUGACCUCAAGAGACGCAAUUACCUCAAGAACGAUGACCUCAUCAUCUUCAUCGACUUUGAGGAUAUAACAUUACUGAUCAAAUCUGAAGUUCCCAUUAAACCAGCGGAGCAGGGUCACACAGGAUGAACUGGAAGUAGGACAUCAGACACAAAUAACAUCACAUGUGUUUGUGAAAUUACUUUUUGUUUAAUAAAAAAAUAGUAUUAUGCAACAUAUGCAGGAGGGAUGGAAAGAACAACAUGACGAUGGACAAAGGAUGGAAGAUACUGCCAUGACAAAAUCAUCAUCAUCU